AUGAUGGGGGUGAGGGUGUGCAAUGGAAAGGCCGUGGCGGCGCUGGCUGCGGUGUUUGUCAUCUGCGCCGGCAGCGGCCUUGUGGUCUCGCCGGCGGCGGCGAGCGGGCACGAGGAGGCCCACCUGGUGCCGGCGGUGUACGUGUUCGGCGACUCCACGGUGGACGUGGGCAACAACCAGUACCUGCCGGGGAACGCCGCGCUGCAGCUCCCCUACGGCAUCGACUUCCCGCAGUCGCGGCCCACCGGGAGGUUCAGCAACGGAUUCAACGUCGCCGACUCCAUCUCGAGGCUGCUGGGCUUCAAGAGGAGCCCGCCGGCGUACCUGUCGCUGACGCCGGAGACGAGCCGUCAGAUCGUCAGAGGCUACCGUGGCGUCAACUACGCCUCCGGCGGAUCCGGCAUUCUCGACACCACCGGGAACACCCUCACGUUGACCAAGCAGGUGGAGUACUUCGCGGCCACCAAGUCAAAGAUGACGGAAAAGAGCCGUGGCAUCGACGCGCUGCUGUCCAAGUCCCUCUUCCUCAUAAGCGACGGCGGCAACGACUUCUUCGCCUUCCUCCGCCAGAACCUGACGGCCAGCGACGCGCCGUCCUUCUACGCGGACAUGCUGACCAACUACACCAAGCACGUGCAGACGCUGUACCAGCUGGGAGCGCGGCGGUUCGGGAUCGUCGACGUGCCGCCCAUCGGCUGCGUGCCGGCGGUGCGGGUCACCUCCCCGAACGGCGAGACCGAGUGCGUCGAAGCCGCCAACGCCCUCGCCAGGGGGUUCAACGACGCGCUGGGGAAGGUGAUGGCCAAGCUCGCCGCCGCGCUGCCCGGGAUGAAGUACUCCGUGGGGAGCUCCUACAACCUUAUAACGUUCAUCACGGAGCACCCGGAGGCCGCCGGGUUCAAGGACGUUGCCAGCGCGUGCUGCGGCGGCGGGAGGCUCCGGGCGCAGACCUGGUGCGGGCCCAACGCCACCUACUGCGCCAACCGCAACGACCAUGUCUACUGGGACGAGGUGCACGGCACCCAGGCCACCUCCACCAAGGGCGCCAAGGCCAUCUUCGCCGCCCCGGUGAAGCUCGGCUUUGCCGCGCCCGUCAACUUCAAGCAGCUGAUUUCUUCUUGA